UGACGUCGUCGCACGAAGCAGUUUGCCUGAGGCUCAUCUUGCGCCUCAACGAGAAGACCCCGUUUUCCUGGGAUUUUUUCUCGACUUGAGAACUUCACUCUUGCGGAACUUCAAAGGUUCUCAAUUCCCUGCCAAGCCUUCCUCCCAAUCUCACAACUUCCGACUUGUGCCAAGCACUGCCCUCAAAUGGACGCAGCACAUACCCAAACUGUCGCGCAAGCUGUCGCUGCCGCCACACAGCAAGCACAACAGGCUGCGCAGCAACAACACGCACCCUCACCGCCAGUACAAGCACCUCAGCAGAUUUCCACCAUCGACAACUUGACAUGUCAAUGGCAGGGCUGCGGUGAACGCACUGACUCUGCGGAAAGCCUUUAUGACCAUGUUUGCGAGAGACACGUCGGUCGCAAGAGCACCAACAACCUCAACCUAACCUGUCAGUGGGGCGCUUGCCGGACGACCACGGUCAAGCGUGAUCACAUCACAUCACAUAUCCGCGUCCAUGUCCCGUUGAAGCCUCACAAGUGCGAUUUCUGUGGCAAGGCCUUCAAGCGACCUCAGGAUUUGAAGAAGCACGUCAAGACUCACGCCGAUGACAGCGUUCUGGUCAGCUCGCCGAAUGCUCAGAACGGACGAUCCCUCGCUAACAACUCAGGUGCUCCCACUGGUUACUACCCUGCCAGUCACGAUGCGCCGAUUCACAACCCUUACUCAUCGUAUCAACCCAGUCUGGCAGCCGGAGCCCACAACACCUACGCUCAUGCUGGCGCGGGCGGCCAGUAUGCUGGAUAUGGAUCUGUUAGCUAUCCCAACAGCUCCGCCCUCGCCGACAUCCAGAGCAUGGACACACGACGCCGCGCCAUUGAAGCUUUGAACGACUUCCUUGGCGACAUCAAACGUCGCGCAAUUGACCCUAACAGUUACUAUGAUGUCGGUCACCGUCUUCAGGGUACCUCUCUGCCUUUGCCCGUUAGCACCGGUGGUUACAACACCGGCUACAACAACAGUGGCUACAGCGCGAGUGGUGGCGGAAGCGGUGGCAACAACUACGGCACCGCUGCCAGUCUCCUGGACUCCUUCAACAGCAGCAGCAUGAGCGGUGGUCACGGUCCACAGAGUGGCGUGGCCAGCCACCACUACUCGCUUCCUCUGCCUAAUGCUCGUACUAAGAACGACCUCCAAGACAUCGAUCGCUUCCUGGAACAACUGCAGGCCACCGUGUACGAGACCAGCAACCAAGCUGCGGCUGCUGGUGUGCAGCAGCCUGGUCUUCACUCCACUUUCACUGGUGACUUCGGCAUGGGUCACAACUCGGGCCAAUUCCGCUCGAGCCACAGCCCUUCCAGCUUCGACGCCCACCUUGGCAGUAGCAGCAUUGGUCACAGCAGCGCCAUGAGCAGCGCGUCCCUCACGCCCGGUCUCGCGUCGCCGUCAUCGGGCAUUGACACACCUGCUUUGACUCCCGCCUCCGUGUCAUCGUACACCAGCUCUGGUCAUUCUCCUAUGAGCAGCCACAGCCGCGCAAGCUUCGGCAGCGGCAGCACCAGUGGGAACAUGUACCCUAGCCUGCCUGCAGUCACCGGCAUGUCUGACCUCACCUCGAACUACCCAACCGCAACAUCCGCGCCUGCUUCAGGUCUUGCGUCUGGCUUCGACUUUGAGAAUCGCCGAUACAGCGGCGGCAGACUGCAACAUCAAGCUCCUCCUGCCAGCGAAGAUGCUGAAAUGAAAGACGUCGACGACGGCAGCCGCACUCCUAAAGCGAGCGACGCGAAGCCUGUCAAGGCUGAUAUCGACCCGGCCCUCCGGAGCGAAGACGAGAAGCCUGCUGAGGGACCUGCUUCUCCCAACGCCGCCGAGGACAAGCGUCAAGAGGAAUGGGUUGAGAAUAUCCGUGUCAUCGAGGCUCUCCGUAAAUGGGUCAGCGAUCGUUUGCACAACGGCGAAUUCGAUGACAAGGCCGAGGGCGAGGCUCAGUCCGCUGAGACCACCGAGGCUGAGGAUGCCGACAUGAAGACCGUCGAGACUGCUAAGAUGGUUGCCGAGAAGCUUGCCGUCGUGGAACAAGCCAACAAGAUGCAUGAUGAGGAGGUCAAGUAUCCCAGCUUGCCACUGUCAACAUAGACAAUCCUCUGUGCGCCGGUUUCGUCUCUGUCUGGUCUACCUUAUUGUCGGAGUUUGGGCGUCAUGUUUAGGCGUCAUGUUUGGGAUUGUAUGUCACCAGUGAGCGAUCAUCAUCGCCUCUGAGCUAGGAUCGGACAGGAAACAGCGGGAAUAACGCUGACGUUUUUCAUUGCAUUGGUUCUCUAUUACCCUCUUUCGCGCUAUAUCUGAAUGUACUUAUCCGUCAAUAUCUGCAUUGUACGCAAAGAGUCCCGAAAGUAUUUGUGACAAAUCGGAAUGAAAAAAGCGAGCCUCUGAUCGAUCACUCAAUUCGAAUGUGUUCGACCCAUUCAAUCUCCCGAGGUCCCGCAUUGACUUAGGGUUGCAAAAGGCAACCCUGGGAUAAGCCUAACAUAUCAUCAUCGUCA